AUGGACACGAGGACGGACGCAGGGACGGACACAAGGGCGGAUACAGGGGGGAGGCAAACGCCCGAGGCGAAACGACAUCGCGGCUCCCGCGACGACGCGGAGGAGACGCCGAGGCCAGGCAGGAUUGUGCCGCAGCGGGCGAUUCACGGCUCCCAAAGCGCACCAGCCGACCACUCGGAGACCGACAGCCGGAGCCGGGGCUCCAGCCGCACACGUACCUCGAGCCAGGCAUCCACGCGCAAGAGACGGAGGCAGCUCGAGGUUAGCCACGAGCCGGUCAAAGUCUUCACCUUUGCCAGCGCCUCCAGCCAGGAUCAGGAUGAUUUCACGCUGCCUUUGCCGCUGCAGGAGCUUUUGAGGGACUUUGGGGAAGUCCAUGACGGUGCUAUCCCUUUCGUUUCGCAAUCCCGUAAACCAGAGCUCAUCGCCUUCAGCUUUAGGGACAGCGCCUACUUCGAGGAGAAUUCUGGCCAGGACGGGCAAGGGCACAAAAAAAUUAGCGAGAACCUCGAGUCCCCAAGCCUGCAAUGCGUCCAAGAGAUUCUAGACGCGGCGACCGAGUGCCACGAGGAGUGGUAUGACAAGGCUGGCUGGAACGCCACUGUGCACUUCCCGCUGCUGAGGCUCGCGAUACCUAGGCGCAGUCAAGUCAACGUCACGCCAUGCACCUCGGCUCGGAUCCAGAGGGAUUACCUCCCCGCCAGCUCACAAAACGGGAACAUGGUCGACUUCUGCCUCAGCAUCGACCCCAAAUGGCCCAAAGGACGCAUGGCCACCACCCCCGCCCUGCAGGCUAUCGACGGCAUCAGCAGCCGUCUGCCGGGUUCUUCCAUCAACCACACCGAUUUCCGCGCACUAAGUCAAAAGCCAAUCGCCGUCAGCAUCGAAACUAAGUGUCUCGGAGGCUCUGUCAAAACCGCCGAGGUCCAGCUGGGGGGCCGUCUCCGGCGCGACCGCAAGCAGGAGGAGGCGACGCUCGAGGCCAUUAAGGAUGCGCCCGUUCCCAAGAAGGCGGGCCGCCCCCGCAAGAACCGCAUCCUGGCCGACGCCGGCGAGGUUCAGGCCGAGGAGCAGGCCCUGCGGCCUAGCCAGCCGUCUAUCGGGGGACCUUUACCGUCCUCGCUGCACAAGGCCCGCGCGACGGGCCUUAUUCCGGAUGACGUCCAAAGCGAAAAGCAUAACCAAGACGUCGAUCUCCAUUCGGAUGGCGAGCCUAUCCGGUUUUAUGACGAGGAGGAUGUGGCCGCCGAGCAUAGUAUGGACAUGGACAAAAAUAAACACAACGACGAUGACGAUGAUAAUGAUAAUUCUAGAAGGUCCUCCUUGGCCAAGCCCAGGGGGAUGUUCGCGCCAAGGAGCUGGACAACGACCACGACGAGCUGGCGAUUGGUAGAACCAUCAUCCGGCUCGACGACGCCCCUGUGA